AUGGAUGACAAAGCAUACGCUCUCCCUCCGAGUUCUCGAGUGCUUGUGACCGGAGCGAACGGCUACCUCGCUUCACAGAUAAUUGAUCUAUUGCUAAGUCGUGGGUACCUUGUACGCGGGCAAGUGCGUCAACAUCGACAAUGGCUAGACGGGCAUUUCAAGGGCAAGUAUGGCGAUCUCUUCGAGUCUGUCAUCCUAUCUGAAUUAGAUGAUCGCGAGGGCAUAGCUCCUUUGCUAGACGAUGUAGAUGGCGUGAUCUUGGUGGCAAUGGAUAUGUCCUUUGAAGAUGACCCGACCAUCGUCGAGAAAACAGUGAAAAGAACUCUGACUUGGCUCGAAGUCGCUGCGGAAUCACCCUCAGUCAAACGUGUGGUACUGACGUCCUCUGCCUCUGCAUAUUCAUUCAACUCCGAGGCUGUUGCUGCUGUCCAGAACAACACACCUGAGAUCCCAGGUAUGAUGGGGGCGUCUUUAUAUGCCGCUUCGAAAACCGAGGGAGAAAGAGAAGCAGUGAAAUGGGUGGAGAAUCACAAGCCCUCUUUUGUUUUUAAUAGGGUUGUGCCUUAUUGGUGUCUCGGCCCUCGCGUUCACCCCGAGGCUGGUGGACCGAUGGGAAGUAUGGGCAUGACAAGUGCACUUGUAAAGGGUUACGGGGACUUCAUGUAUAUGUUCCCCCCAUGUGACAUAAAGUCGGAACGCAUUUUUGCUAUGGCAGCACCAUUCAACUGGACUGAAGUUGUGGAGAUCAUUCGCAAAAUUCAACCGGAUAACCAUAAGAUUCCCGGUCCACCAGCCGACGAAGGCCGCUGUCUGCACGAGUUCGUGGAGGUCAGCAGGGGAAAGAAGCUUCUACAAGAGUUUUGUGGACAGCCUGGCUGGACGUCGUUAGAGGAUUGCCUCGUUGCUGGCUUGCCAACAUACGAGUGA